AUGCUGCCCAGAAGCCGUCAUCUCGCCAGAGGGAUUAGGAAACCUGCUUGCAAACGGAAAGACGAAUCAACGAUCCACUCCGACCAUACGUCUGCUCCCAAGAAACCACGAUUGGUUUUCACAGACCUGCAGCGACGUACCCUGCAGGCUAUUUUUAAGGAAACCAAACGUCCUUCGAAGGAAAUGCAAGUUACAAUAGCUCGACAAUUAGGUCUUGAACCAACCACUGUUGGAAACUUUUUUAUGAAUGCAAGAAGACGUUCAAUGGACAAGUGGAAAGAUGAGACCGAAACUAAGCCAACUGGCAGUCAUCAGUCUCCUAGUGACAGUAUCGUGCAACAAGACCUCUUGUGACAUACUUCUUACCCCGUACAACAUCUCGUCUUUCUAUGAGCUUACAAGGAUAAGUGUCUUCUUUGCACAGACUUGCAGACUUUGGGUACACUAUUUCUCAUAUAUGAUCUGCACAGUUCUUAUAUACUGAAAUAGUAGACAUUGCAUGAUAAGAAUUGCAAAGCAAGAGAUUUAGGGGAUAAAUUUCGGAAUCCGUCCACUGGGUAAAGAACCCAACAUUUUUACUGAUAAUAAUGUUGUAACUCAUAGCACUAUACUUUAAAUCACAAAUGUCACUUUACACAAUCAAAGAGUGUUUAC